CACAGCGUCCCUGCCCCUGGGCGGGGGUGGGCGUCGACCGCGCGGGGAGCCGAGGCGGCGGCCGCAGCCGGCUCCGUACACCGGCCCCGGUCCCGCGAGUCCCCGCGAGCUGCCGCCUCAGACCCCCGCGCUCCUCGGCCCCGCCGCCCGCCGCUCCCCUCGCAGGCCGCCGCCGCCGCCGCCAUGGCGGAAGUUCAUAGACGUCAGCAGGCCCGGGUUAAAGGAGAAGCCCCCGCGAAAUCCUCCACACACAGACAUGAGGAGGAGCUGGGGAUGGCGUCGGCCGAAACGCUGACCGUGUUCCUGAAACUGCUGGCCGCUGGCUUUUACGGCGUGAGCUCCUUCCUCAUCGUGGUGGUCAACAAGAGCGUGCUCACCAACUACAGAUUCCCCUCCUCACUAUGUGUUGGACUUGGCCAGAUGGUGGCCACAGUGGCAGUACUCUGGGUUGGAAAGGCACUCAGAGUAGUCAAGUUUCCUGACUUUGACAGAAAUGUACCUCGAAAGACGUUUCCACUACCUCUACUAUAUUUUGGGAACCAAAUCACGGGACUGUUCAGCACAAAGAAACUGAACUUGCCAAUGUUUACAGUUCUGAGAAGGUUCUCCAUCCUGUUUACAAUGUUUGCUGAAGGAGUUUUACUCAAGAAGACUUUUUCUUGGGGUAUUAAGAUGACUGUAUUUGCAAUGAUUAUUGGAGCCUUUGUAGCUGCCAGCUCUGACUUGGCAUUCGAUCUGGAAGGAUAUGUUUUUAUUCUGAUAAAUGAUGUCCUGACAGCAGCAAACGGUGCCUACGUAAAACAAAAGUUAGAUUCAAAAGAGCUGGGAAAAUAUGGUCUGCUCUAUUACAAUGCACUGUUCAUGAUUCUGCCCACCCUAGCCAUUGCAUAUUUUACGGGAGAUGCGCAAAAGGCAAUGGAUUUUGAAGGCUGGGCCGACACCCUCUUUCUUCUGCAGUUCACCCUCUCUUGUGUGAUGGGAUUUAUCUUGAUGUAUGCCACAGUACUCUGCACUCAGUAUAAUUCUGCUCUUACAACUACAAUAGUUGGCUGUAUUAAGAAUAUAUUAAUAACUUAUAUCGGAAUGGUCUUUGGUGGAGAUUACAUUUUCACGUGGACAAACUUCAUUGGCUUAAAUAUCAGCAUUGCUGGGAGCCUGGUAUAUUCCUACAUUACUUUCUCUGAAGAGCAGCUGAGCAAACAGUCAGAGGCCAGUAACAAGCUGGACAUUAAGGGGAAAGGAGCAGUAUGACCAGAGGAUUGCAUCAACUACAUAGGCCCAAGUUUUUGAUCAACUCGGAACACUGGCAAUUCUUAUACAGAUUCUGAGGUGUCUUGAUUAUGGAGAAAAUACCAUUCCUUUGCACUUGUACAAUCUGAGGAUUGAUUGCUGCCUUUUAAAAUUUUAUGAGAGAAACUUAUAAUUGACUCUUUAAAAUAUGCCAUUUGAAUUAAUUUAUAUCAGACUGGAAAA